AUGUUCGAGACGCUCGUUCGCCCGCGCGCGGCGCUGAGCGACGCCUCGAAUCGCUCGGACGAGCGCGCGCGGACGUUCUCCAAGCCGUUCGCCGAGCUCGACGACACGCGGUCGACGAUCGAGCUCCCGAGACGCGAUGCGAUGUCGAAUGAUUUCGUCCGAACGCCCGCGGCGCUGCGGCGACGGGUGGACGCGCUCGACGCGUUCGGAAGCGCGCGACGCACGGACGCGUACACGCCGGGAGAGAGCGACGGGAACGCGCGAGGGACGGAGGAGUUUGAUCGCAGACGGGCGCUGACGCCGUACGCACGGGGGGUCGAAAGACGAUUCGAACGCGCCGCGUCGACGACGGAUCGCGACGGAGGAGAAUAUUACGCCGGGAAAGAUGCGAACGGUGCGCGAGGGGCGGUUAUGGAGGUGCUGCUGUGGCGCGACGCGGCGCGCUCGGCGAUACACUUUGCGCUCGGAAUGACCGCGCUCUUGUGCGCGCGUCUCGUCCCGCGGUCGACGGUGAGCGGGGUGAGCCUCGCCGCGUACGCCGCGAUGACGUACUUGGCGUAUAAACACGUGUGGGCGGUGAUGUUCCCUCGAUUCUCGUACGGAUUGGAGUUGAACGAGCGCGCGGUUGGCGACGCGGCACAACGGUUGGCGACGUCCUUCAACGCGUGGGCGCUUAAGCACAGAGGCGUGCUCGCAGGUACGGAUAAUCGCGCGGUGUUUCGCACGUUUCUAGCGCUCUACGCCGUCAGUUCUCUCGGGCACAUCAUGUCGGCUUGGGCCGUGAUUACGACGCUCUGGGUCGGCGCGUUCGUCGUGCCGCCGUUCUUCGACGCGUACAGAUACCCGCUCACCAACAUCUACGCCAACACGUACGUCUUCGUGUCGUCUUGGUUCAACUCUUUAAGCGCACCGAAGCGAUGGAUAGGCGGUUUGAUUGUGGGCGGCGCGACCUUUCGCGUGGUCAAUCUCAAAGCGCGUCUCAGUCUCUCCUUUCUCGCGUUGGUCGCGAUGCGGAUGUUCCGUGAGACGCAUGUCAAGGAGAUUGCCGCCUUCGAGAACAUCGUACGAAGCGCGUCAAGACGCGUCUCUGGGACCAUGCGCGAGUUCGCUAUGGUUCUCUCUCCGGUUGUUCGCCACCGAAGAUGA